GUAUUAGAAGCUCCCGUAGGGCCGUACGCUGUGUCUGGCGAGAGAGAGAGAGAGUCGUCAGCAAAGGCAAUAAUUACACGUUGUUUCUGGAGUAUUUGAUCUCCCAUUCCCAAAUAAUAAUUCCCACACGCAACCCCCCCUUGUCCGCAAGCCUACACCUCCUUCUCCUCUCUCUCUCUCUCUCUCUCCAUCUUCUCCACCUGCAACAGCUUCACAUUAUUCAAAGCCGCGUUUUCACUCUCGCGAAGAAAGUUGGUCAUAUUUGCGCGUGUCCCGUUCUCUUCUCCAUUUCCAAGUUUGAAGACCUAUUCAAUAAUACAGUAGUUCAGAAAAAAAAAAAAAAAAUCUACAUUUUUAUACUAUCUAAUGGAAGUUAAGCUAUGGAACGACAAGCGCGAGAGAGAGAUGUAUGAGAACUUUGCCGAGCUCUUUGCCAUCAUCAAAGCCACUGAAAAGCUAGAGAAGCUAUACAUUCGGGACAUCAUUUCGCCGGCGGAGUAUGAGCCCGAAUGCCAAAAGCUAAUUGCACAUUUCAAAACUUUAGCAUCUACGCUCAAAGACACUGUUCCAAGCAUUGAGAGGUUCCAUGACACAUAUAAGAUGGAUUGCCCCGCAGCCUUGAACCGCCUUAUCACUUCAGGCGUCCCUGCAACAGUUGAGCACAGGGCUGCUGCUGCAAUGUCAAUGAGUUCUUCGGCUUCCGUAGUGGCUGAAUGUGUGCAGAACUUCAUUACUGCAAUGGACGCAUUGAGACUGAACAUGCUUGCCGUUGAUCAGGUCCACCCAUUGCUGUCGGACCUUUUGGCUUCACUCAACAAGCUUACCAUAUUACCCCCCGAUUUCGAGGGGAAGACAAAGAUGAAGGAGUGGAUUGCAAGGCUUUCGAAGAUGGGGGCAGCUGAUGAGCUAACAGAGCAACAGUCUCGGCAGCUUCACUUUGAUCUGGAGUCGUCUUACAACUCUUUUAUGGCAGCGUUGCCCACUGCUGGGAAUUGACUGGUGGGGUAAGCCUGUAAAUAAGUGGACAAUGUUGUUGUUUCGGUGGCUCUGAUAUGUAGUUUCUUGCUUUUGUUUCACUGGGAAGAAACUCAACGAUUGUUUCGAAGUAUUAUUGCUGAUUCUGUAUGACUUUAUAUACGGGUUUUGGGUGGCUAGAUUGGUGAUUGCUUAACUGAUUGUUUGUGCUGACUAUGAAAAUAUAUUAGUUCCUAUAAGAUCAUGAUAAUGAAUAUGUACCCUAGGCUUGCUUCUA